CGAUCACGAUAGGAGCAUCGAGAGUAUCGUAUCACCUUAACCAUCGAUAAGUAUUGUCGAUGUUUCACAAUCUACCUAGCACACAGCAUACGCAAUAAUUGCUUUAGAUUUUAGAUCAUCUUGGAUGGAAUGAUCGGAUCGCGCAAUCGUUGACAACUUUUUCGUAAGCACAUCGAUGUUUUAAGUCAUGUUAACGUUUGGUUUGUGAUUACGCGAAGAAAUAAUACAUAAUAUGAACAUAUUGUAACAGCUGAGGAACAAAUGAUAUGUAUAAGAUAUUUAUACAAACCUUGCAUACCUAGUUAUUUAAUUAAUAUUAAUGUUAAAUCAAUAUUAAAAUCCCAGAGACAAACAGACAAUUAGUUAGUAUGUAUGCACUAAUACCAAGAAUCUAUAGAAUAAGAUUUGGAUUUAAAUAUUGGAAGAUGUUUAUUAUAGCAACGUGUCAGUAGACAAUUUAAAUUUCUAUCUGAAUGAUUAUAUAUAAAUCAACAUAAUUUAUCACGCUAUAAAAAUAUACGAUAUAAAAGCAUAACAUGGCAGGGAAUGGGUCUAUCAUAAUACCAAACAUAAAACAAUUACAUGAGAAUGAUCAUGUAUCUACUACAAAUGUAGAUUACUCUAGCAUUAGAGGAAAGAAUGUUUUAGUUAGUCCAUCGGAGGAUCAAUACGAAUUGUUACUUAGACGCUUAAGAGAGAGAGUUCAAGAUGGUGGCAGUGAAACAAUUUUUGAUAUUGGUAUCGGCGAAGAUGGUUCGGAAGAUGGUUUAAAAGAAGAUGAAUACGAAGCAUCCGUUGCUACGUUACAGUCUCUUGCUGCAACAUUAGAAGCAGACUGUGUACUUCUGCGUCAAAGUAAAGUAGAUCAAGGUCUUAUAGGUCAAUAUCUGGUGCGGAGACGGUUAGAUAGGCAGGAUUUCCUAGAAAUCAGAGUGGCUGUUGUUGGCAAUGUUGAUGCUGGAAAAUCAACACUUUUGGGUGUAUUGACACACGGAGAGCUCGAUAAUGGUCGAGGCUUAGCGCGUCAAAAAUUAUUUCGACAUAAACACGAAGCCGAAACAGGACGUACUAGUUCCGUUGGAAACGACAUUCUCGGAUUUGAUAGCGUUGGUAAUGUAGUAAAUAAACCAGAGCAUGGAUCCCUGGAUUGGGUUAAAAUAUGCGAGAAGUCGUCUAAAGUUAUUACAUUCAUUGAUCUUGCUGGACAUGAAAGAUAUUUAAAAACAACUGUUUUUGGAAUGACAGGACAUGCCCCUGACUUUGGUAUGUUAAUGGUUGGAGCAAAUGCUGGUAUUGUUGGAAUGACAAAGGAACAUCUAGGUUUAGCUUUAGCUCUAUCGGUUCCAGUAUUUGUUGUAGUUACGAAAAUUGACAUGUGUCCACCAAAUAUAUUACAAGAAAAUUUAAGGCUGUUAAUAAGGAUCUUAAAGUCCCCGGGUUGUAGGAAAGUACCCGUUACGGUAAAAACGCCUGAUGAUGUUGUCGUUAGCGCUACUAAUUUUGUAUCAGAACGAUUAUGUCCUAUUUUUCAAGUAUCGAACGUAACAGGAGAAAAUUUGAAUCUUCUCAAGAUGUUUCUAAAUUUAUUAACUGCAAGAAUGAUUAGUCAUGAAGAUGAACCAGCGGAAUUCCAAAUAGAUGAUACAUACUCAGUGCCAGGAGUUGGUACCGUAGUUUCUGGCACAACAUUGAAAGGUGUCAUUAAGCUAAACGACACUCUAUUAUUAGGACCUGAUCCUUUAGGUCGUUUUAUUCCAAUCGCAGUAAAAAGUAUACACAGGAAGAGAAUGCCUGUUCGUGAAGUGAGAGGUGGUCAAACUGCUAGUUUUGCAUUGAAAAAAAUUAAAAGAUCACAAAUUAGAAAAGGUAUGGUAAUGGUUGCACAAGCAUUAAAUCCUCAGGCUUCUUGGGAAUUUGAGGGGGAAAUUCUUGUACUACAUCAUCCUACAACAAUAAGUUCUUGUUACCAAGCAAUGGUACAUUGUGGAAGCAUAAGGCAGACAGCGUCCAUAAUUUCUAUGUCGCAAGAUUGUUUAAGAACAGGAGACAAAGCUUUAGUACGUUUUAGAUUUAUAAAGCAUCCCGAAUAUAUCAAACCAGGACAAAGAAUAGUAUUUAGAGAAGGGCGUACUAAAGCAGUGGGCAAUGUAGUGAAACUUAUUCCAUAUUCUAGUACCACAGUCAUACAAACAUGUAGAGCCAAUAAACCAAAUAAAACAUCUCAAAAUCGACAGAGCUCAUCAUCUACGAUACAACCAUUAGAUGCAACCGAAACAAAUUCUUCAUUAGAAGGACAGACAUCAAAGCAAGAAAAUUUGCUUCAAAAAUCUAAUAAACGACAAAAUAAAAAAGGUAGAGGACGAAAAGGAGGACGAUCUCAUAAUACUGUAAAUAGUAUUAUUCAACCACUGUCAGAACAAAAUCCUCCUACAAAACUGUGAACUGUGUCAUGUACAAAGCACUUAAACGUGUGUGUGUGUGUGUGUGUGUGUGUGUGUGUGUGUGUGUGUGUGUGUGUGUGUGUGUGUGUGUGUGUGUGUGUGUGUGUGUGUGUGUGUGUGUGUGUGUGUGUGUGUGUGUGUGUGUGUGUGUGUGUGUGUACAUGUACAUACACAUCCUAUAUAUAGAGCUUAUUUUGCAACUUUCGAAAAUUAAUAACAAACAUCUUUUUAUUCAUAAGAGAUCGUUGUUUUUUUAAUAAUGUAAAUUCAAACGAAAUUUACAGAUAUUUUUUAGUUAAUUUUCGAGAACUGUAAAGAGAGUAUACUGUUUAUAUAUAAAACAUAUUAUUUUAUAUAUAAACAUAUAUUAUUUUAGUAGUUAUUUAUAUUAAAACAUAUAUAAAAUUAUAACGUAUAAUAAUGACAAUUUUAUGUAGUCUGGGGUUACUUGUAUCCUUAAGGAUCGUGAUUUUUGACCUUAAAGUAUAAAAGUAACCCCUGAACUGUUUCAUAUAACGCACAUCGUGCUCUCAACCCUAUUAGAGUACAAAUCGUCUUUCACAUUUUGAUUAAAUUAUCAAAAAUAUAGAAAUGUCGUUUUUAGAACGAUAAAAUGACAAAAUAUACGUUGUUAUUCAUAAAGUGUUUUAUUUUUAUAAACACAAGUGUAUCUUAAAAUAGUAUUAAGUAAAUAUAAUCUAUAUAUAUAUGUUUCUUUUACUACUAUCGAGCACCUAUAUCGUAACUGUUAAUGCCUUUUUGAAAUUUUAUCAAAAGUAUAUUCAGAUGUUCUUUCCUCGUGAUAUGAUAAUAUUUGUGCUUAUUAUGAUAAAAUUUCGAAAAAAUUAUUAAUUUUUCGAAUAUAGCAUCGUACUCUUAUAAAUGAUGUAUUAGAAAUAUUUAUCUAUUGUAAUAUAUUUGCUGUAGUUGUAAUAUAAAAUUCAUUUUUAUGCGUGUGAAAAGAAGAAGAUUCUUACAGAAAAAGUAUAAAAUAACAUUAGUUAUGCAGCAUAUGAAAUUAUAUUGUAUAAAAUUUUUAUAUUAAAUACACUGUAGCACAUCCAAGAAAGAUCUUUUCAACAGAAAGAAAAUGUAAGCUAAUGACAGAACAAGUGUUGGUUAAAAAAUAAAAAUAUUGAAUGAGAAUAUAUGGAGAAUAUAUGAAUUAGUAAUAUGAAAGGGAGUUUAAGAUGAUAAAAGAAAUAUUAACAAUAUCACAUUUAAUAAUAACAAAAUGGAUAGAAAGGAAACAGAGGAAAAAUAUAAGAUGUAUAAUUUACUAAAUUAUUAAUUAGUUAUUAUUAACUAAUACAAAUCAUAUUGUAGAUGUACUAGUAAAAAUUCUCAUGAAACAUGAUAUAUGUACAUACUAUUUCCAUUUUCAUUCAUUGUACUAUGAAAAAAAAUAACAGAAAUAUAGAAGUAAGAUUCGAAUUUGUUUUUAUACUAAAUGGAAUAAUAAAUGUAAAAAAUUAAAUGUUCAUAUUUUUUAUUACCUUUUUAUACGGCCAUUGUUACAAGUGUAAUUUUUUCUAACUAAAUCAAGUCUAGAAUAAUAAACUAUAGCUAUAUCAUUUUUACAAAGUCUAAUAAAACUUUCUUUGUCUUCUGA